AUGGAGAAAAGGCGCCAGAACCUCUCCUGUGAGGAGUGCAGAAAGUCCAAAAAGGCCUGCGAUGGCUAUCUCGUGAAUUCUUCAUUGGGUGCCAAGGACUCCAAUGUGUUGGUUUCCUGUUCCUACUGCCUCAGAACGAAGAAAAGAUGCAGUUUAAACCCCCGAUGGGCGCAGGUUUAUCAGCCCGGGGACAGGCAAGAGAAUGGACUGCCCCAGAGAAAGAGGCAGCGAUUUCAAGAUAAUGAAAGCCCGAACUCAUUUUUUGGUACAACUAUAGUUCCGGACUUGGAUUCUGUGACACAAUUCUUCCAGCCACCACCACCCUCCCACAGCAGCGAUGGCAUCGGUUGGGACGCUCCGUUUACCACAUCGCCCUACGACUCUAUCGCCCCUCCUUCUACAGGCUCUACGAACCUGAGAGAAGCAAGUUACGGAGACCAGGAUCUGGACCAGAUUCAAUACGGUGGUUUGGACUGCUUUAUGGAUCCAGCAAUGACCGACUGCAGUCCAAUUUCGGAUCUUUCUCAGGUCUUUUCUAUGCAUCGCAGCUCCAUAUCCGCACCUUGGGAGGACAGAAAAAGGAAACAGUGGAGGGGGAGCAGAGACUCUGGAAGCUUGCAAGAGUAUUCCGACAUGUCGCUCUCCCCAUUCGAUGCAGACCACGCUGCCAUGACAAAAACGAACAAAACGCUCAUCUCGCAAAGCCUAUUGCGAAUAUACCACGACGUUCUGGAGAAUAAUCUAGGUUGCUGGCUGGCGGAGGAUACGUGCCCAUACAAGAUGCGGAGCAGGCGGCACGACGAGCUUGUCUCUAUCCAGAAUCCAGGAACAACACGGAAUAGUCGGAUGGAAUGGGGCGGAGUGUGGUCGAAUCGGAUGUAUCGCCGCGUCAAACAGCUCGACCUUGUCGCUCAGUCGGCCAAACUGAUCAGCCUCACAGCCUCGGAAAACAAAGCGGCGUCAAAGGCCCUCGACUUGGUUAUCAUUGCCUUUGCCACGCAAUGGCGCCAAGGAGACCGCAACACGUGGGAAAAUGAGACUGAAGAUGCUAUGUUUGGUGACGAGUUUGAGCGAACCUUUCAGCAAACGAUAUGGGAGCAGGCAAAGAAGGCCCUUCAUGAUGUGUCGGAUUUGGAAUGCUACAGGGUGGUAUUUGCCGAACUGAUAUUCGGUCUGGUCCUGAAGCCAGGGCCAAGCCACGAAUUUGAUGGUCGUGCAACAGAGAAUCGGGACAGAAGCGUAAAGUCUUCAAUAUUACCGCGGGUGAUGGAUAUCAUUGUCCAGAGCGGACCGCCGGUAUUCAUGGAGCGAGCAGCCCGCAAAAUCAACGCGCUCAAGUUUCGAUAUGAAGCGCGCGAGGCAGGCUUCCAAGAAACCAUGCGCACUUUCAGUAAUAGUACCGCGCGCGACGAGAAAGCACCUCAACAAUUCAGUAGCGAGCACAGACAGACGGUUGGCCUCUUAUACUGGCUCGCUGUCAUGUUCGACACCCUCUCUGCAUCCAUGAACAAGCGUCCAGUCGUCAUAUCCGACGAGGAAUGCCGACACGAUGCCGCGCAGGAAGAGGCAAGCGAUCAUACCCAAAUAUCAAUCCUGAGUAGGCGAUGGAAACUCGACCUUUACGCACAGGACGAUCCCGAGAAGCCUUUGCAACUAUACUGGCCUUGUCCAUACGAGGCCGCGACCAGGGCCAUUUCCAGAUCAGCAGCUGUCAAAGUGCUGCUCUUUCGGCACAUUUCGUAUCUUCAAAAUGCGCUGAGAAGGUCCGAGCACGGCCACGUUAUCGAAGAGAUUAUCAAUACCACGAUAUCGGUAUACCACUACUGGGGGAAAACGCAUGGCGUUUUCUUCCGCGAUCUGACUAGCAACUAUGACUCGAUACCUCCGCGUAUCAAAAGCUGGUUUCUAUGCAUUGCUAUCCCCUGGCAUCUGGGCUGUCUCAUGCUCGCCGACCUGAUUGACUUUGUGGACGAUAACGGACUUGGCCUCGGCAACGCAGAGCGUGUCGACACCGAUAUGGCAAUGACGAUGAGAAGGACAAGCUCUAUUGAGCUGGCCGACCUCGCAGUUGCUACCACGCCGCCUGCAGACAUGACGAAGACGCAACUGCCCGACUUCCACUUUGCCGUUAACGAGAGCCCGCUUCUGACGGAGCCCUGGACGGUUCUUCUCAUUCGAGCCUUUACAAAAGCUGCCAUCUUCCACCUGACCGAGGCAGAGGACAAGCUGCGGAAGCUCGGGUGGUCCGUCUUGGGCCAGGAGAGGGAGAUGCUUCGGAUGAGCAUUGCACAUGGCGAGAGCUGUGUUAGGGCACUCCGCUUCCUGGGUGCGAAGUCGGGGAUUGCAGGGGCGAUCUCAAAGGUGCUCUUUCAAUCGCUCGACUUGUACAAGAGGCAAGAGGAUGGUUUCCUAUCGAGCCAAGGUCUUGUCUUUUGA